CUUUUUUCAGCUUAUUUUUUCAAGCAUUGUCAGACCCACUUGCUCACCAGCUUUGCACUUUGUUGAGGUCCCCUGCAGGUUUUUUUAGGUUUUGGCUACUUAAGAGACCAACCUUAAAUCAAGGCGUUUCUAAGAAGGUGUGUGUUUUACAAAUGAAAAAGAUCGCACAAGGACAGGGCGGUCCUGGUGCUGUCUAACCCGUUCUUCUGGAUGAUUGCAAGCAUUUAACAGGCAGAGUCCUCUCAUCCCAACAAAGCAGCAUUGAUACACUGAAGAGUGGACAUCUCUGGCAGCAGUACUUGUUUCUAGCCUAAAUCCGCCUCAUUUGUUCACCUGCGUAACAUCCAUUACAGGGUUAAAUUUUCCUGACAUGUGAGCAUAAAUAUAUGCAAGAAUAAAAUGAGUGGGGUAAGCAAGAGUGCAAGUGUUUCUGGAAACCUGGAUUUGGAUGACUCCAGGAAAGGACUCUCCAUUACAGGGAAUGCAGAUGACACAAUUGCUGCAAAAAGUGGCCUAAAAGUUGAGGAUGAUAUUGUCGCAGCCACAAUAAAUCUAGGCAACCUUGACAAAAAGGAUGUGCAGAAUAUCCUGGAGACCUUAAAGCCAUAUAGAAACAAUAUGAAGGUUCUGACGAAGAAGGACCUUAGUGCUGGUGUUGACCUUGACUUAUUUGGACUGGGUCUCAAAGACCAUACAGAGGGGCGCCUAAAGAAGGGUCUUUCACUGGAUGCAUCAGCUGACCCACCAGCUCUUUCCUUUAAUGGCCUUAGUGGACAGCUAAAUGCUAAACAUGGGAUGGGUGAUGCAAUAAAUCUCCCCACUCUCAACGGGGACCUCCCCAAUCUCUGUUUAAAUAAGCCAACGGGUAAUGCAGGUGCUACAGUGACAAUGCCGUCCAUAGGACUACCAGGAUCAAAUAUAAAAGCAAAUUCAGAUGGCUCUAUUAAAGCUCCUGAUGUCAGUGCGUCACAUCCACAAGUCAAGAUGGCAAACGCCUCUUUGACAGUUGAUAAACCAGACUUGAAAACAGGCAAUGUCCAGGCUCCACAGUUCACAAUGCCAGACUUAAACCUGCCACAUAUUGAAGCACCAAAAACAGAAAUGGACACGUCUCGUGACAUGGAUCUUCCAGAUUUGCAUUUGAAUGGGCCAAAACUGGAUUUGAAUGAUCCAGAUAUAAAAUUAGAAACCCCCAAUGCCAGUAUUGAGGCAUCCUCAGGCAAAGUCAAAUGGCCACAUUCCAAAUUGAAAAGUCCAAAAGUUAAAAGGCCAGAUGCUGACAUAUCAGUACCUAAUGUCAAGGUUCCCAAAACAAAGUUUGAUAGUGAUUUAAGCGGGCCAGACGUCGAUAUUAACUUGCCCAAAGCAGACAUCAAAGGCCCUGAGGUAGAUGUUAAAACCCCUGAUCUUGACAUUGAUUCCCCAUCUGGUAAAAUCAACUGGCCCCACAGGAAGUGGAAGAAACCAAAAUUUCAUGGCUCAAAGGGUAGUCUGGAUAUAGAUGCAAAUGUCGAUACACCAGACGUUGACCUUUCUGUUCCAAAGGUGAGUGGGGAGGUUGAUGCCCCAAAUGAUGAUUUAAAUUUGCCAAAGGCAGAUCUUAAUGGCCCAGACCUUGAUGUAGACGUUCCAUCUGGUAAAAUCAACUGGCCUCAUUUGAAAUGGAAUAAGCCUAAACUUCAAUUGCCAAAAAAAGACUUGGGCAUAGAUCCAAACACACCCGAUUUAAAUCUUACAGCUCCAAAGAUUGAGGGUGAUUUUAAUGUUCCAAAAGCUGAAGUUAAUCUACCCAAAGCUGACCUCACAGCUCCUGAAGUACACAUUCAAGCCCCAGAUCUUGAUGCUCCCUCAGGAAAAAUCAACUGGCCUCAUCAGAAAUGGAAAAAACCCAAACUUCAUGGCCCAAAAGCUGAAGUGGAUGGAAGUUUGAAUGCACCAGAAGUUAAUCUUUCAGCUCCAAAGAUUGAUGGUAAAAUUAACUCAACAGAUAUUGAUCUGAGUUCACCCAAAGCUGAUGUUGAAAAACCAGACAUAGACAUUGAGUCUCCAUCUGGAAAGAUCAAAACAACAACUUUCAAAAAGCCAAAAUGGUCAAUCUCUCAACCGAAGAUAAAAGGUCCGGAUGUUGAUUUAGAUGCUGAUGUUUCUGUCCCUGAUCUCAGUCUCGCAGCUCCAAAGAUUGACGGUAAAAUUAACUCACCGGAUAUUGAUCUGAAUUUACCCAAAGCUGAUGUUGGAAAACCAGACAUAGACAUUGAGUCUCCAUCUGGAAAGAUCAAAACAACAACUUUCAAAAAGCCAAAGUGGUCAAUCUUUCAACCGAAGAUAAAAGGUCCUGAUGUUGAUUUAGAUGCUGAUGUUUCUGUCCCUGAUCUCAGUCUCGCAGCUCCAAAGAUUGACGGUAAAAUUAACUCACCGGAUAUUGAUCUGAAUUUACCCAAAGCUGAUGUUGGAAAACCAGACAUAGACAUUGAGUCUCCAUCUGGAAAAAUCAAAACAACAACUUUCAAAAAGCCAAAGUGGUCAAUCUCUCAACCGAAGAUAAAAGGUCCUGAUGUUGAUUUAGAUGCUGAUGUUUCUGUCCCUGAUCUCAGUCUCGCAGCUCCAAAGAUUGACGGUAAAAUUAACUCACCGGAUAUUGAUCUGAAUUUACCCAAAGCUGAUGUUGGAAAACCAGACAUAGACAUUGAGUCUCCAUCUGGAAAGAUCAAAACAACAACUUUCAAAAAGCCAAAGUGGUCAAUCUCUCAACCGAAGAUAAAAGGUCCUGAUGUUGAUUUAGAUGCUGAUGUUUCUGUCCCUGAUCUCAGUCUCGCAGCUCCAAAGAUUGACUGUAAAAUUAACUCACCGGAUAUUGAUCUGAAUUUACCCAAAGCUGAUGUUGGAAAACCAGACAUAGACAUUGAGUCUCCAUCUGGAAAGAUCAAAACAACAACUUUCAAAAAGCCAAAGUGGUCAAUCUCUCAACCGAAGAUAAAAGGUCCUGAUGUUGAUUUAGAUGCUGAUGUUUCUGCCCCUGAUCUCAAUCUUUCAGCUCCAAAGGUGUCUGGUGAAAUAGACACACCAGAUGUCAGUCUGAAGGCACCCAAGGCAGAACUCCAAAGGCCCAAGAUAGAUGUUAAUGCUCCAGAUGUUGAUGUUGGCAACCCAUCUGGAAAAUUCAAAUGGUUCACUUUAAAAAAAAACAAAUCUGUACCAAAGGCUGACAUUAACCUUGACACUAAUGUCAAGGUACCAGAUGUUAACCUCAAAGGGCCUAAGGUGAAUUUGAAUGCACCAGAUGUUAAUGUGUCUGCACCGAAAGUCAGUAGUGGUCUAGAUGUUGACUUGGAUGCCAAAGUUUCUGCACCUAAUUUGAAUUUUGCUCCAAAGAUUGAUGGUCAGAUAAGCGGGUCAGAUGUCGAUCUAAAAGCACCCAGAGCAGAAAUGGAGGGCCCCAAGAUGGAUGUUAAUGCUCCAGAGGUUGAUGUUGAAAGUCCCUCUGGAAAAUUCAACUGGUUUCCUUUAAAAAAAAAAAAAACUGGCACACUGAAAGGACCAAACGUUAAGCUUGAAACUGAUGUGAAUGUCCCAGAAGUUAACCUUAAAGGACCCAAGGUAGAUUUGACCACACCAGAUGUUAAUUUAUCAAAGCCAGAAAUUGGUGCUGCAAUUGAGACUCCAGACCUCAGCAUCAGCACACCUGAUAUCAAAGCACCAGAUGUGGAACUUAAUGGCCCACAUGUUGCCCUACAACCAGCUGAUGCAAAGAUAAAGUUACCUAAAAUUAAAUUACCAAAACCCAAAGGUCCAAAGGUGAAAGAGCCAGAAUUGGAUGUGAAUUUCAGACCACCAAAGCUGGAUACCAAUCUUGACUUGGCAAAAGUUAAUGUUGAUACACCGAAGGUACAUCUGAAAGACCCAGAGAUUGAAACUGGUCUUGAUGUACAGGAUUUUGACAUCAAUUUACCAAAAGCUGAUCUCAAGGGCCUAGAUGCAGAUGCUCAAAUGCCAGAGUUGGAUGCCACGGGUGGAAAAUUGAAGCAACCCAAAAUGAAAUGGCCAAAGUUUGACAUCUCGGGAGCUAAAGUUACAGAACCUAAUUUUGACUUUGAUGCAAAAAGUCCAAAUCUUGAUCUGUCUCUUCCAGAUGUGGAUACAAAGGUACCCAAAGCAGAUCCUACUGCACCUAAUGUGAAUCUAGAAGGACCACAUUUAAGUCUUCCAGCUCCCAAAAUUGAAUGUGGUCUUAGUGUUCCAAAAGUUGAUGGCAAAAAAGUUGAACCAGAUUUUGAUCUUUCAUCCCCCAAAACUAACCUAGCAUUUCCAGACAUUAAUAUUGCAACUGAAGAUCUUAAAGGCUCAGGCGUGGGAAUUUACUUGGAAACAAGGGAUUCAAAAGACGGCAAUCCGGAUCUAAGAAAUGCAGAGCUCAACUUAUCUGGACCAAAAAUGAAGGGAACCCUAUCCAGACCAAACAUUGAUACCAAGUUGCAAAAGACUGAACUGGAAGCCCCUAAUGUCACAAUGAAACUUCCAAAUUUGGAUAUUAACCCACCAAAAGCAAACCUUGAAACACCUGAUGGGCAGCUAAAAACACCAGAUCUAGAUGUAGAUGCACACCUUGGAGACUUUAAAAUGCCUCAUUUCAAGGUUCCAGCACUUGAUCUUUCAAGUCCUAAUGCAGAAAUUCCCAAUGUUAAUGCCCCAGGGAAGGCUGGAAUUAAGGCACCUGAAGUUAAAGUUGGCAGUCUUCCAGCUGAUUCAAGCUUUUCUGUUCCUGUGGAACUGAAUCCAACAAAGGCAGAAGGACCCAAAGUUGACAUUAAAGCUCCAGAUCUAGAUACUAAUGUUGAGAACCUCAAGUUCCCACAUAUCAAGCUUCCGAAAUUCAGCUUUUCAGGAUCUAAAUUAAAAUCUGGAGAGGUCAAUGCCAGUACAAAUGCUGAAGAUCAUGAUGAUGUUGACUCUAACCAUUAUGAGACAGAUGUUCCUUUAUUCAAAAUCCACAGACUGCCAACACGAACCAUUGAUGGCAUUGGUGAAAUUCCUGAUGUAAUUGGCUUAUCAAAACGUGACCAUGGGGAAAAUGACUUUGUUUUAAGCAAAGGGGUCAGACUGCCAAUAAGUAAUACAUCAUCAAAAAUAAUUGGCAAGAUUGACAUUAUGGAGAGAUUGAAAUUGGCAAAGGAAAAAACGGCCAGCGCCUCAGAAAUGAAUGAGAGAACUGAUGAGCUGAAACCUGCCACUCCAGGUGACGAUGCCUCUGCAGAAACAGGAGAGUCCUCACUAGAGAGAGGAGGUACUUUCAAGAUAGAACAGCCAGAGUCUGCAACGAGUUCAGCAGAUGAAAAUCAAAAAAUGUCCCUGGGCCUCUCUAAUAUGCUUGGUCUUAGCAUUGCUGAUCCAAAUGCUGUCUGAUUAUUUGUUUAAAAACUAGCUUUCAAAUCUAAAGUGUGUGUGUACCUGUACUUGAACCAAAUCCACAUCUGUUUGUAGUCAGCGAAUAUAAUCUAGGAUGUUUUUUCAAUACGCUAUGUUUAUAUUCCUGUUAUUUAUACAAGCUUUUCUUAGCUUUUUUUUUUGCAAUAUAUUAUACCUAGUAAACUGUAUAUGAUCAAAGUAAUCUACAGAAGUGAGUACUUUACCGUUUUACCGUUUAACUUUUUAAAUAUGUAAAUUUCUGAAUGUAUUUGCCAUUAUUGCUCAAUAAAUCACUGAAAGCCUUCAA